AUCAGCUGCGAUUGUGGGCAGUGAGGGACAGGGUGUGCUGUUGAGCAGGAAGUCCCCUGCCUCGUCUUCUGAUGUGGACCUGAACUCUCGAGAGAAUGGCCGAAGAAAAGAGUGUACGUGCAAAAGGCUACGUUGACAGCGCCGUUCACGUGGACGUCAAGGAUUACUAUGGCAAGGUGCUGAAGAACACCUCAGACCUGAAGAGCAACGCCUGCGUGGCUCCAGCCCAGCCCAUCCCUGCCCUCAUCCGCCAGGCUCUGAAGAAAGUGCACCCCGAAGUCACUGCCAGGUACUAUGGCUGUGGUCUGGUGGUGCCAGAGUGUCUGGAGGGCUGCAGGAUACUGGAUCUGGGCAGUGGCAGUGGGAGGGACUGCUACAUGCUGAGUCAGCUGGUGGGCGAGAAGGGCCAUGUCACCGGCAUCGACAUGACGGAGGACCAGCUUGAAGUGGCCAGGACAUAUGUAGACUACCACAUGCAACAGUUUGGCUACAAGAAGCCCAAUGUCAGUUUUGUCCAAGGCUACAUUGAGGCCCUAACGGAGGCGGGUCUGGAAAAGAGCUCAUUUGAUAUCAUCAUUUCCAACUGUGUGGUGAAUCUCUCUCCGGACAAGAAGCGUGUCUUGGCUGAAGCCUACAGUGUACUCAAGGAUGGUGGUGAGCUGUACUUCAGUGACGUCUACAGCAGCGGAAGACUAACAGAGGAAAUGAAAAAUCACAAAGUGCUAUGGGGCGAGUGUCUUGGCGGAGCGCUCUGGUGGCAGGAUCUGCUGCGAUUGGCCGAAGAAGUUGGCUUCAGUCCCCCACGGCUGGUUACAGCCAAUGUCAUCACUGUUGGCAACAAAGAUCUGCAGGACAUUCUGGGUUUGGCUGAAGAGGGAGCAGAAUUACUGUAUGCGAGGUUACCAAGCUUCAUGAACCAAUAUUGUCCCCCCGUGGCAGAUGCAACAAAGCUAACAGGUAACUUCAAGUUUGUCUCUGCCACGUACCGCCUGUUUAAAGUCCCUAAAGGGAACACCAAGCCCUGUCAGCUCAUAUAUAACGGGAACAUUACUGGAGUAGAGGACAGCUUCCAGUUUGACUGUCAGUACACAUUCAAGGUCGGUGAAGUGGUGGAGGUGGAUGGACAGGUGACGAGCAUCCUGACCCUCUCCAGAUUUGAGGAGGACUUCACCUUCCAGCCACCUGGAGGCCCCAGUGGGCCCUGUGCAGUCAAACCCAAGGCAGGCAUCGUGGAUCCUUUCGAGUUGGCCCUUCGGCUGGAGAGACAAGGUCCGGGUUCGGCCACAGGGGGGUGCUGCGGCACACGGUCUGCGGCCUGCUGCAAGUGAUGGUGGGAAGAGCACAGAGAAAUACAGGCCUAGCAUCAUGGUGUUCCGUGCUCACCUCCCACUCAGACUCCUCUGGUGGAAGAACGGGAAAGACUAUGGAUUUAAUUUAUGCAGAUAAUUAUGUUGCACAAAGAAAAUGACUUUGGCAAUGACACUUCAAAAUACUUUGGUGUCUUCUUCUUAGGGCUAAUUUCCCCCCGUUUGUCUGCAGUCUUAAACAUCUGAAUUUGUGUCAUUCAUAACCUUCAUCAUGACUGUUCCACCUUUGCCAAACAAAUGACACUGCUUCUCUUUUAAUACCUCUAAUUUAACUGAUGUUUUCGACAGAUUUGCAAAAGUGUGAGCUUUGCAACAGUGUUCUAAUUACUACAAGUAUUAUCGUUUUAAUUAUUAUGUGUUGAUUUCUAUUAAAGGGCGAUAAAAGUUUUCAAUCAGUUGAAUGUCCCAUUUUCAUGUUUGCACAUAUCAUAUUGUGGGGUUUUUUUUACACCAGUGUUGCAUAAAUUGAUUUUUAAGCCAGGAGAAAUUCCAGAAAUUAAUGGCAAAUUUAUAUUUUAUUUGAAAUAGGCUGUCAGUAUUGGUCGCUGAUGAAUAGACGGACACUUUGUAACUGUAUAUUGUAAUGUCUGUGCUUCCCAACCUGAGGGUCAGGACUUCUUAUGGGGUUCUAAGAUAAAUCUGAGGGGAUCAAAGAUGAUUAAGGGGAUAAGAAAUCAUUUUAUGAGAUUACAUAAUUAAUUAUUAUAUAAGAAAUUAUGCUGUAACUUUUCUCUAAUUUUCUUGUGAAAUACUGACUACUUUUGUGUCUUUGUUCCUCUUAAAAAGAAAAAUUCAAUUAAACAAU